AAUCUUACAUGUGCAUUCGAUUAUUUACGUUAGGUUGAGCUUUGUGGCCAGAUGAUCAAAUUCUCCUGCUGGAAGUUUUGUGCCUCCUAUUUGCGUACUUCAUCUCGAAAUAAUCAGGAUAACCAGAAAAUUUAAAAGAAAAACAAAAACCAGUCAAGGAAAACAAUCGUCGAGCUGAAAGACAUGCAUUCCAAAUCGUAUCUACAUUUCACCAUUUUUUUGGUGUUUCUGAGCAUCUCAGUUCAUGGAUUCCAUGUGAAUAAUUCUGACACGCAUUCCAUAAGUGGAUCAAUUCGUUCUACUGAUCUUCCUGAAAACACAUCUGAUUCACUAUCAGAAUCUUUCAUCGAGCUAAUUAAACAGUUAACGGGUAUACAAGUUUAUUUGGAAACCAAGACGAGCGAUAUGGAAAAACGAGACAUUGAAUUGAGGCUGAGAGAAAAAGAGGCUAAAAAACGAGAGGAUGGAAUAAAAAGCCUAGAACAACUAUUCAAGCAAAAGGAAGAAUACAUCAAUAAAACAGCUGAAACUAUUAAUAAAACUGACUCCCAAGUAACAUUUAGAGAGGCAAUGGUAAAACAAAAGGAAGACGCAAUCAACAAAAAAGAAACUGAAGUCAAAUAUCACGAAGACUUGUUGAAAAAACGGAAGGCAGAAGUACAUCAAAAGGGAGACACAAUCAACAAAAAAGAAACUGAAGUCAAAAACAAUGAACAAUUGUUAAAAACACGAGAGGCAGAAGUAAAUAAAAAGGAAGUUGCAAUCAACAAAAAAGAAACUGAAGUUAAAAACAAUGAACAAUUGUUAAAAACACGAGAGGCAGAAGUAAAUCAAAAAGAAGACACAAUCAACAAAAAAGAAACUGAAGUCAAAAACAACGAAGAAUUGUUAAAAACACGAGAAAAACAGUUGAAUGAAAAAGAAAACGAAUUGGAAAAAUCGAAUGCAGAUGUGAGGAAGCGAAUAGAGCAAUUGAAACAGAAGGAAGAAAAUAUUGAGAAAACUGAAACUGAAAUCAAAACGAGAGAAAAAAUUUUGAAAAGACAAGAAAAAUUGAGGCAAAAAGAAAAUAAAACCUGUUCAAUUGGUUGGGUUCGUGCAUCUAAUGAUAAUAAACUUGUAAAUGUACUUGUAGGAGGACAAGAUAGCGCAGGCACAUUGUAUGUUGGGCGAGCAAACCAUAACGGUUCCCUGAUUCCUGGAUAUCUUUCUGUCGAUGGUACCAUAUUUUUUACAGUUGAUGGCCAUCCAUAUAUUUCAUACUACGAUGAACAUAAUUAUGAAGUUGCUACAUUUGAUGAAAAAAAUAUCUGUCGAGUCUUAUGGGUCAAGGCAUCCAAUGGUAGUGUCCCUACAAACGCAAUUGUAGGAGGAUAUGACAGUCAUGGAGAAAACUUAUAUAUCGGAAGAGCAAUUCACAAGGGUCAUGUGAUUCCAGGAAAAGUACAACCCAGUCUUCAUUGCUUGCUCAUUUAUUAUUCUUACGUUGAAUAUCGUUACACCGAGUAUGAAGUUGCGGUAAUCGGAUUAUGAUGGCUAAGCCAUACAUAUGUUCAACAAUUUUCCAAAAAAAAAUCCUACCUAAGAGUUUAACUAGAAAAAAAAAAAUGUGUAUUAGGAUUUGUUUCAUGUUUAUAUAGUUAUUACGAAAAACUAUAUUUUCAAGGUUCAAAAAAAUAAAAUAAAAAAUGGUUGAAAAAA